GCUCUGUACGGUGUGUUCGUGUGUUGAUGGGCACAAUGUGAAAACAUCAGCCAGCAUGGUGGAGCAGGAGCAGAUCCAGAAAAGGACUUUCACCAACUGGGUCAAUGCCCAGCUGGCAAAGAGGAGACCUCCGUGCCAGGUGGCGGAUCUCUUCAACGACUUCCGUGAUGGAUCCAAACUGUUGGACCUGCUGGAGGUGAUGAGCAACCAAUGCAUCCGUCGCGAGCGAGGAAGGGGGACGUUCCAGGACAGGAGCAACAUCGAGAAAGGCCUGGCCUUCCUCCGACAGAAAUCCAUCAAACUGGUCAACAUAAACAUGCCCGACAUCAUCGAUGGAAAACCGUCCAUCAUCCUGGGCCUCAUCUGGACCAUCAUCCUGCAGUAUCACAUCGAGGAGUUGGCCAGCGGACUUUCCUUCAGCUCUCGUCAAUCGUCCAUGGAGUCUCUGGCCAGUCUGGACUCUUGGUCGUCGUGGUCUUCGCGAACGGGCGGCGGCAGUCUGGUCCCCCAUCGAGGAUCGCCGCUCCACGCCCGCUUCAGGCUGUCGGCCAAGAAGGCGCUGAUGCUGUGGGUCCGCGAGCAGUGCCACAAGGCGGGAUGUUCGGUGAACGUGAAGGACUUCAAGGGCAGCUGGCGCAGCGGUGUGGUCUUCCUGGCCAUCUUGUACGCGCUGCGCUGCAACCUGGUGGACCUGUCCGAGGCCGCUCGCCGAAGCAACAAGCAGAACCUGGACGAGGCUUUCCGAGUAGCCGAGCGAGAGCUCAACAUCCCGCGGCUGCUGGAGCCCGACGAUGUGGACGUUCGGGAGCCCGACGAGAAGUCCAUCAUGACCUAUGUGGCGCAGUUCCUGCAGUACUCCAAAGAUGCGCCCGUCUCCGAGCAUGACGCCAUGCAGACCCAGUACCUGAGUCUUCCGAAAGCAGCUUCCCCCGUCAACCUGCCCGUUAACUACACUCCUGCAAUUUCUGCUUCGCCGCUGCGGCAGGGGAGCCCUGACCGUAAGGCGCAGGAAGUGUCGUGUUGGCUUCUGCAGGCGUAUGAGGAGCUGCUGGAGGGCUGGGACUCCACCCAGGGCGAGAGCUACUCUGAGAGAUACCACGUGUUUCAGACGUUUGUGGUGUCCUUCAACGAGCAACGGCGUCCAAUCGUGCCUCUUCUGACCGCCAUGAGACGAAGCCCCACGCUGAGUGAGGAGCAGCGAGCCCUCAGGGAGGCCUGGGACGCCCUCACAGAAAAGCUACGUGAGUACAAACUGGAGUUGGACGUGAGCCUGCCAGCGCCUCUGGACUCGGUGGCACACUGGCUGCUAAGAACAGAAGGAGUUCUGGCUGAGGAGGAGGGCGACCCGCAGGACCAUGGCCGGGCUGCAGAUCAAGCCAAGGAGAAACAGGAGCAACUUAAGGUGUGCCUAGAGGAGAUGCCCCAGCAGGUGAAGACCUUCCAGGCCUUCCAAAACCAGGACGAGGAUGGAAACAUGUUGGUUCCUACUGAAAAGAUGGAGGAUCUGAAAAGAAGGUUCACCAGUGUGAGAGUGAGCGCCAAGUACCACGGCAUCAAGCUUGACUACCGCGAGCACCGUCACACAGUUUUGGAUUUGCUGAGCCAGAUCAGGACCAAAGUGAACUUGUGGAAGAGCCCAUAUCUUUCUCCAGAGGCGGUCAGGGUUCUGCUGCACGAGUGGCAUGAGGUGGUCACUAAGCAGGAGCUUCCUUCUAUGCUGGAAGCAGCUCUCCUUAAGUUAAAGCAAGUUUCUGAGAAAUACUCAUGCAAGUCUGCUCUUGCUGCAGACUACCACCACGUUUGUCAACAAGUGACGCAGCUGGAGGAGGACACAGUGGCCAUCUUGGUGGAGGUCAACUCAGCCAAGAAUACCCUGGGACGGGUUCUGACCACCUGGGACUCCUACAGCGACGGUUUGAGCGCCAUGCAGGCGUGGCUGGAGGACGUCUCGGCUGGACGAGGCUACGACUCCCAACCCAUGGCGAAGUCCGAGAGCGUGGCAGAGUGGGGGUCCAGACAGGCUCACCUGAACCAGGUGGCAAACUUCUUGAUGGAGUCGACGGACCCGCAGACCAGCAGGAGCCUGGAGGAGGAGCUGCUUAAACUCAAUGUGGACUUUGAUGAGUUUGUCCAGAGAAAUGCCUUUGACUGUGAAACAGAAUCCAACGCUGACAUCCAGACCAGACCCCGAAACCUUCAGGCUCUGAUCAGGGAGGCAAAGCUUCUUCUCCAAGAGCCUGUCGAGACAAUGUCAGGUCCUUUACGCACCUACAGGAAAAGAAUACAGUUAGUACUGAUGAAGAUAAAAGAAGUGGAUCUGGAGGCUCAUGAUUCUUCUCCAGAGUUUCCUGUGGAUCAGUUACAGAAACUGAAGAUGGCCAUGUCUGAUAUAAAGAAGACCAUGUGUGAGGCAGAGCAGGUGUGUGUAGAGUUGCAACACAGUAUUUCAGGUCUUGACAGUCGCCUGGCCGAGCUUCUGCACUGGGAGACUGAGGCCAUGGAGAUGUACCAACUACUGACGGCCACACAGCGACAGCAGCAGCGAGGCCAGGAUCCAAGAGCUCGGGUCCUGAUCUCUCGUGGGCUUCAGCUGGAGGGUCAGGUGGUGACAGAGGAACAAGAUCUUCAGGUGUUGAUUAUGACAAAUCAGAAGAGCUCGCCCAUUCAGUGUAUACAGACCGCCACUAUGCAGGAUCGAGUGCGAGCAGCCUUGUCAAAGUCACAGGAGGCAGUCUGUAUGCUGAGCAGCAUGGGAGCCAGAAGAGACAUAAGCAGGAGCCCCACAGGAGGGCCCCCAUCCAAAGUCUUUCUCCAAGCCAAAAGCAAACCUCAUCAACAAAGGCAGUCGGACACUAUGCUGCCACCCCGGGAGUUUUCAUCAUCCCUAAUGGAAUUCCAUCCAUCUCAAGAAACAUUUGUGCCAAAGAUAGUGGUUCAGGAAUACAGAGAAGAAAAGAAGAGUUUGCCUCCAUGUAGCUCUGCACAGGAGAUGACACAAGCAGAAAGCCAGACUCAGGUAUGGACAGAAAUGAGUGAACAACAGCAAACUGCGGAGGACACAUUGAUACCCCAACUGCUAAGCAGAGGAACAGGACAGCAAGAGACAAAGUGUCACCAGCCUCAAGUAGAGGCAAAAGGAGAAGGAGAGCGAAAUCAGAGACAGAAAGAAGUACAUCAAGAGGGGGAGCAUCAACUGGCAGAGAUGAAGGAAUAUAAAGGGGGGCAGUAUGGGUUAACACAUGUAGAGUUUGAAACAAAACUCCAACAUAAAAGUGAGACACACAAGCUGAUUUUAUCAGUAAAGAAACCUCUCAGCCCACAAGAACUUCAAUGUAAAAAGGCCCAGGCCUUGAAGAACCGCCCCUGGCUCCAUAAAAUGGCACAACAGAACAUUCAAAGUCUGAACAAGAAUUCUGUACAAGAACCAGUUCAGGCACAGACAGAUAAGGAUGUAGUGGGAUUUAUUCAGGAAGUUCCUUACCCUACAGAAACCUCCAGGAAACAGUCCGAAGUCCAAGACAAGUCUGAUAGGCAGGCAACACAACAGAAAGAACAACCACAGCAAAUUCAAAAUCAGCAGAAACAAAAGGGAAAAGAGCAACCAUUUGUAGCAACACAACAUAAAGAAAAUCUAAAUAAGACCAAUACAAAGGAUCUGUCCCUUGAGCAAAGUCAGCCACCAGUCCACAUUUUGGUUCAGUCACAGGUUCAGCUCCAGCCUUCUCCAGAUGGCCAAGUUGUAGCUCAAGGGCCAACCUGGGCUCAAGUCAGGCCUUUAUCUCCCAUGCAGGACACAAUUCGGCCACCUGUGCCGUCCCACAUUCAGCUUGGAAGUCAUCCACAGUCCUGGGCCCCUGUCAGGCCGUCCUCUUCUAAACCCCCAGCACAGUUGGCCCAGUCCCAAGCCAAACCUGAAACGUUGGUUAAGGUUCAACCCAAUGCUCAGCCAAGGCCUCAGCCUGAAAACCAGGCACAGACAAUCCUUCAACAUCAAACUCAUAUUCAUCCACAAACCCAGACUCAGAUUCCUGCCCAUGCAAUGACUCAACACCAUGGAUCCAAUCCUGGGUCCAUGAUGCAGGCUCAAACACAAUCCCAGGUACAGACACAACCUCAGAAAUACGCUCAGCAAAUGGCUCAGUCUCAAGCCAAAGCCGAGCCCUUAACAAAUGUUCAAAACCAUCCUCCGUCAAAGGCCCAGUCUCGAAAGUAUACUCAUUCAGUGACCCAAUCACACACCAAAACUGAAACUAUGGCCCUUAUUCAAACCCCAACUCAACCAAACAUGGAGUAUUUAAUGCAUACUCAGCCAGCAUCGUCAAGCCAAGGUCAUGGUCAACCAACGUCUCAAACCUUUGUCCAACCAAAACUUCAACCAAGUCCCACACAACAUUUGACUCAAGGUCAACCUGUACUCCAGCCUCGAGGACAUCCUGUGACACAAUAUUACACACAAUCUCAGCCAGCUGUCCAGGAUCCAGGCCAUGCUGCUCCAGGCCAACUGCAUCCAUGGACCCAAGUUAGCAGCGCAUCCUCAAUGUCUACCCAAAAUCAGGCUUCAGUACAACUCCAGCAUCACCCCCAGAAUUACUUCCAGCCUCAGCCCCUUUCACAGCAGUGGGCUCCCGUACAGGAGCCACAAAAUAAAGAUUUUAUCCAGCAAAGGCAUCACAUUCCACCAGCAUUCCCUCAGCCAAUAUGUCAAGCUCAUUCACAAAUACCACAAUGGGCCCAGGGUAGUCAUCCACAAAAACCUCAAAUGGACGAAUCUGGGCCUUCUAACAUGGCACAAUUAUAUAAUCAGCCUCAGAUGCAGCUGCACUCUCACACCCAGGUCCAGGCUCACACAUUGUCCCAAAUGGGGCCCCAGAGUCAACAGCAGCCCCAGAUACAACCCUACGAUGUGGCUCUGAUGCAGACACAACAAGGCCACCCUCAGCAACAGAUGUGGAUGCAGGUACCCCACCAUGUACAAACCCACCCUUACCUCCAGGCUCAACAAUGUCCACCUGUUGAGCAUCAGCUCCAAACUCAACACCAACUGCGGCUUAACAUCCUCGCUCAGAUACCCCAACAAUUAAACCAAACCAAUCUUCAGUAUCCCACUCAGUCUCAACUUCAACCUUACCUACGAUUACAGUCCCAACCUCACAUUCAGACACAAGUAAAUGUGCAGCCACAUAUUCAGCUGAGACAGUUCAAGCCUCAGCCGCACCAGCCACCUCCACAAUUUAGACCACUAGCUCAGGCACCAAACCAACCACAGGCUCCUUCACUGCCACCAUAUAUUCCUCAACCACCACCACCCAAGAUGUUGUCAUCAACCCAAUCACAGACACAAUCACUGCUGCAAUAUAAACCUGAACCACCGGUUGCCAAGCAACUUACAAUUAAGCCUUCAACACAAAUGAAGACUCAAUCCCUACCACAAAAUAAACUUGAACCCCAGAGAGCUUCGCAACCAAAAUUUCAGUCACCAAACCAAGCCAAGGCUAUGACACUACCACAGUAUAUGCCUGAACAGGUAACUGCUCAGCCCAAAGUCCAGCCGUCCCCUCAACCCAAGACUCAGUUCCUGCCACAGUAUAAACCUGAACUCCAGUUAACUCCUCAGCCCAAAGUUCCACCACCAACCCAAGGCAGUGCUAUAUCUGUGUCAAAGCCUUCAAUCGAACCACAGUUGCCUCAAAUGAAUAAUCAGCAACCAGUCAAACCUGCAACAUCGUCACCUUUACGAUUACAACCACAGGUAGAAACACCACCUGAAUUUGAGUCUCAAUCACCAGCACAGGCCAACUUCCAGGUCAACCUUCUGCCGCAAUUACAACCUCAAAGUCAAGCCCCUCCACAAUUCAAUGAAAAACAAUCCCAAACUCUUCUCAAGUCUUCCGUCUGUGUGCUGCCUCAAUCCCAGGCCGGGUCUCCAGACCUCUGUAUGCCACCUCCAGCCCUGGCCCAGGCUCCUCCCCAAGCCUAUUCUGAGGCCUAUGCCAAGGCCCAGGCUUUGGCUAGGAACGGCUUUGAGGAGGCUAAGCACUGCCUGCAAGAACACAUCCUGGAGGCCAUCAGUGAUAAAUGUCUACCAGCUGAGCAAGCAUCCCUGACAAAUAGUCUGAGGACCCUAGAUCCAGACUUACUGGAGGAAUUCCUGAGAGCAGCCAAAGGCAUGGAGGCCUUCUGUACACCUUCACAGCUCAGAGACAUGGAUUUCUUUACACAGUCUGUCAGGUCUCAGUGGGAGGCUUGCUUCUCAUCCGAGGGCCAAGUUGCCCAAGCAGGCCAUCAAGUGGUGGCCUUACAAGAGCUCUGUGACAUGCUGAGUCCGGAGGACGCCCACCGACUGCCCCACACUCAGCUGAGAGAGUGUGAGAGUAGCUUGGCUGCCAUCCAGCGUCAAUUCAGUGGAGAUCAAGAAGCACCGCUCCCCGAUUCAAGGAUUCCUGUUGUCUUCGAUGUGGAGCGGACUAUACCCAUAGAAACUGCACCAAGUGGCAAACCUCAAAUACCAUCUGAGGUUUCACAAAUGAAACUCAAGACAGUAAAUUCAGGACAAGAGGAGGUUGAGAAUCACUCAUCUGUUGAAGAAGUCAACAAAAAGGAGGCUUUAGAGAAAUAUGAAAAUUACAAGAAGUCUCUGCAAGUCCAGCUGUCUAAAAAUGAACAGAGCAUCAGAGAUGUUCCCUCAGACUCUGUGACUCUAAAGGGUCUUCACACACGACUACAGGAAAUUCAGUUCCUGAGGCAGGACACAGAGUCUUUGUGGUCUGAGUUUAUAAACCAGUGCUCUCAGUUGAGUGGAAACGCUGGUGUAGAUCAGGAGAAAUCAGAUCUUCAAGACCAGUGGCAGGCCCAACAGUCCAACCUUCAAAGGAGAGGCAGUUUAUUGAGUGCCGCCCUCAGGCAGAUCGACUCCACCGAGAACCACAUGGUGGAUUUCACAGACCGCCUAGACCGUUACCUGAGACAACCCAAAGACAUCACAGCCUUUACAUUGGCCAACACCAACAUCCUGAAGGACAUCAAGGAACUGGAUGAAAACAUCCAGAGCGAACUGGAUCAGCUGGCCCGCCUGGAGCGAGAAUCUAGCAACCUAGAUCCCAGAGACUGCCUCCCUCUCUCCCGAGAGGUGGAAGCCCACAGAAGCAGCGUGGAUCAGCUCCGCCAACAAGUUCGCAAAAGUGAGGCGGCUGCUCGCGCUUUGGACCGCUUCCUCAUGUCUCUUCGCACCGUAGAGGAGGACAUCGCUGGAGUGCAGGGUGCCCCUUGCAGUGAAGCUGUGGUUCUGCAAGACUGUCGCGCCAAACUGGCUCUGAUCAGGCAAAGUGUGGACAGUCUGAAAGACAAGGCGCCGGAGUUGGAUCUUCUGUUGCAGGGGGCCCGGCUGACCGUCACCAGGAAUGGUUCUCCUGCCUCCUGCCUGGACAUGGUCAGUGUCCUGCUGAACAAACUGGAAGAGGCUGACAGUGGACUGGUAGGCCAACAGCAGAGCCUCAAGAGGGAAACCCACAGCAAAUCUUUGGGCUUGAAGAAGAGAACCCUGUUUGGGGAACUGAGCAAGCUCCAGAACACCAUCGAAUCUCGAGGGUUGACAGAGGCAACCAUGCCAGCCGUGCAACACAGGUUUCGGGCUCUGUGUGAUUUGGAGGACCAGGUGCAGACUCAGAAUUCACAGAUCCAAAGUCUCAGGGAACUUCCUGAGUGUCAAGGACAAGGACAAAAUCUCCUCGAGGAGCUGGAGACAGAGUACAACAAGACUCUAACAUCUUUGACUGACAGGAAGCAGCAGUGCAGCAUCCUGAUUGAACUUCUGAAGAAGUUCCAGAGCUGUCGCAGUCAUCUGAAUAGCACAGUGCAGAGAGCCGAGCAGACCAUCAGUGAGCAGGCCUCAUACAUGGGCAAAGACAACCUUCACAAGAUUAUAACCAAGGUCCAGGACAUUAAGAAGGAGCUCAGUGGCCUCAGUGAGCAGAUGGAUGAAAUGAGGGGAGUUUGCAGGCAGCUGCAGUCCCAACUGAAGAAGUUUCCAGACUGCAGGGAGGCACCAUUUGAAGCUGAAGCUGACACACUGAUGGACACUUGGCUGGACAUCACUGAGAAGAUAGACACAUACAUGGACAACCUCCAGGUGGGCUUGGAGCUAUGGAACAAGCAGUUAAUGUUGGGGGGAGAGAUUGACAGCUGGACGGCCUGCAAACUGGCAUUAUUUGCAGAGAGCCACCCCUUCCACAGCCGCCAGCAAGUCUUGGCCAUGAAGGAUGAGAUCCAGGCCUAUGAGGAAAACAUAGAACAUUUCCACAAGAAGUCUGAGGAGAUCCAGGAAAUCCUUCAGAGUCACGAGGCUCCACUGGAGCUGCAAGUGAUGGAAACACAGCUGAAGAAGAGGAUGGAGCAGGUGAAGGAGCUGUUUGCUGACUGCGCCGACAUCUUUGAGGAGCUGAUGGUGGUGAAGAAACAUCUUGCCGAAAAGAUUGAGGCGUGCCUGUCAGCUGUUGAGAAAAUUCAAUUCUCUGUCAAUGAGGUCCAAGCCUCAGAACCUAGGCUGGAGACCCAGUUAAAGGAUCUGUGUGAUGACCUGGAGGUCCAGGAGGAGCAUGCCAAGUUAGCGCUGAGCGAGAUUGCUCUUGUCUCCAGCGUGGCCAGUUCACAGGUGCUGGAGGAACUCUCGGUGGAUUGUGGACGACUCACAGAUGCCAUCACUCGCAUCAAAGACAUGAUCCACCUCAAGAGAGAGGAGAAGGACAAAGGCCUGCUCAAGGUCAUUCAAGAUGAAAGGCAGUCCUUUGAGUACUGGUUCCAGGACCUGCAGUUGGCCGUCAAUGAGUGUUUCGAGAACCCAGAGAGCAGAGCAGACAUAGAAACAUCUUUACAAAGACUCACUAGCUUCUUGAAGGCCAGCGACGCAGAGCGCCGCCUGGAGCAGCUGAGGGAUCAUCUGGAACGAGGCAACGCGCAGAUCGAUACUCAGCAGCUGUCUGAGCUCAGUGAUUGGCUGAAGGAGCAGCAUGAGGAGGUGCACACCUUCAAGACUCACUGUUUGAACAGGCAGAAGCAAAUUGAGUCUCUCCACUGUGACUUGAGCAGUUUGCAGACGCAACAUGACAGUUUCCACGAGUGGCUGCAGGGCAAAGAGAAACUCAGUGCAGUGCCUGGCACGGCCAAACAUCUCCUCCAAGACCUCCAGCAUGAGAGCCAAAGAGUGGAUAUCCUUGUGGAGCUGCUGGCUUCAGUGCGCCACCAGGGUGUCAGAGCUGACAGAAUCCUCAAGGACAGUGACAAUGUCAUACAACGCUAUCGAAAUCUGGAGGCCCGGCUGCAGACCCAAGCGGAAGAACAUGAUGUCUCGGGUGGUCAGCUGAACCAGUUUGCAACCCAGGCUGAGCACAUCAGGACCUGGUUUAAAGACCUCCUGUGUUCCGUCACCUCAGCCUGUGAAGACCUGUCAUACAAGGAGAUGAGCCUCAAAGCAGAGGCAGUCCUGAGCGCAAGACCAGAGGGUGACACCCAGAUGAACAGGCUUCGACUUCAGAGCCAGAGUCUUUGUGAACAGGACCAGCUGGAGCAGAGCAGGAAACAGGAAGUCCAGCAGUCAGUCCGAAACCUGGAGGACGAGUGGAGGAUAAUCCUACAGGCAGCUGAGGAUGUUCUCAACAAGACAGAGAUGCAAGUACGCUUUAACCAAGAAGUGGAGGCUCUCAAAGCCCAAAGUGAAAAUUUGCAGUCUUGGAUCAACAAUUUGACUCAGAACCUUCAGUCUUAUGAAUCACUGCAGGAUGUUCUGCUUAGCAAACCUGAUAUGCAGUCUAAGCUGCAGCACCUAAAGGAGCGGGGCCAGAGUUUGUGCAAGAACCUGGACCUGGAUGAAGGCCUUCGCCAUGAGAUCCGGGAUGUGAUGAGAGGUGCAGAGGAAGAGUGGAGAUAUACGAUGAAGGCUGUCGAGGAGGCGAAAACUGAAGCCUCUGCGGAGAGGGAGGUUGCCGCUCUCCGAAGCAACAUCGAGACCGCACGGUCCUGGAUCAGAGAGCAGAGAUGCAAGCUGCUCUCGUUCGGAACUCAUAUGCCGCUCCAGGAAAGACUGCAAAUUAUACAGGCUGUUUUUUCUUGCCGAGAUGAGGGCGAAUCUAAAGUUCUGGACCUGAAGAGGGAAGCUGAACAUCUGUGGAAGACCCUGGAUGACAGCAGGAAGCCCGAGUUGGCACUGUUGGUUGAAGACACGGAGCAGCAGUGGAAAUCCGUCCUUCAGACCUGCAAAGAGGCUCAACUGCGAAGUCUCGGUGAAGACUUCGAGGCUCAGAGUAAAAACACACAGUCUUGGGUGCGAGAGCGAGAGCUGCAGCUGCAGUCUGUUGGCAUCCACUCGCCACCUCAAGACAGACGCCGCAUGGCACAGGACGUACUGCAGUCCAAAUCUGACGGCGACUGUCAGGUGAACAACCUGAGGAGGCGGGGCCAGACUCUGUUUGACCGUCAGGAUGUGGAGGAGGACCGAAAAUGGGAAGUCCAGCAGGCAGUCCAAGACGCAGAGGAGCAGUGGAGGAAAGUGCUACAGGUCGCCAGACAGCUGGAAGAGGAUGCAGGAUCUCUGAUGAACCAGGAGAUGGAGGCGAGAGACUCGGAGCUAAGGGAAUUCCAAACCGUCCAGCAGGAAACCAGCCACUGGCUCUCAGACCUUCAACAUCAGCUGGAUUCACUAAGCAGUCAAACCACAGUGCAGGACCGACUACACGCUACACAGACAAUUGUGAGCGCCAAGUCAGAUGGAGACUGUAAACUCCAGGAGCUGAAGAGACGCUUCCAGAGUUUGUGUGCUCAGGAGCUAGAGCAGCCCCAGGAACUGGAGCUUCAGAAGAUUGUACAGGACACAGAGGACCAGUGGACGAGAACCCAUCAGGGUGCUAAAGCAGCACUAGAUGCAGAAGAAAAGCAGAUGGCUCUGGAGCGUCAGCUAAAGGAGCAUGAGGAAGCCAGAGAACAAGUCCAAGCCUGGCUGGAAGACAAGCGACAAAAUUUAAUUUCCCUCCAUUGUUACAAAGAUUCUGAAGUGACCAUAAAAACUGCACAGGCCAUCCUGAGCUCCAAACCGGAGGGAGAUUGUAAGAUGGCCGAGUUGCAGAAACAAAAUCAGAAUCUCUGUGACCGUGAUGACGUGAAAGCUGCCACCAUGAGGGAGUCGGGACAAGCGGUCAAAGCCUUGGACGAGCUGUGGAGGUCGCUGUUGCGUGACGCAGAGAACUCCCUGAACAAAGCCGAGGUUGUUUACUCGCUUUCCAGGCAGCUACAAGCCUUCUUCAGCCAGGCAGCUAGUACUGAAACGUGGCUGGAGGAGCUACAGACGCAACUUGAGAACAUCGGGAUGGACAUUCGAGGCAGCCAGGCCCAGAUAGAGAACAGAUUGAACACGACGCAUAUUAUCUUAAGCUCCAAAUCCUGUGGAGAGAGUCGAGUGAUGGAUCUGCAGAGGAGAAAACAGAGUCUGUGUGAACACAAGGACUUGGAGGAGGACAGCAGCCUGAAGGUGCAGACAAAAGUAAAAAAGGUGGAAGAGCAGUGGAGGACUGUGUUGCAGGUGGCAGAGAGCAGAAGCAGACAACUGCAGAGUGUCCAGGACCACCUGAUGUCCUGUCGGUACCAGCGAGGGCAGGCUGAGGCUCUCCUGGCGGAACUCCAGAUGCAGACGUCCGAUCUGCCUCGCAUCUUCCCCUGGCCUGGCCUGGGGGAGCGGAGGACGGCGACUGAACAAGCCCAGACCCUGCUGGACAGGGGCUCAGCCAUGGGCCCCCUCCUCUCCAAUCUACGAACACAGGCUGCCAAGCUGUAUGAGACUACCCAGGACCCUGAGUGGGCUGAUACUACCUGUGGUGGAAUGGAGGACUCCAUCCCAGUUUUGCUCAGAGAGUUAACUGAGGCGGUGACGAGCCUGGAACACGGAAUCAUGGUGGAGAGACAAUUCACACAGCUGGUGGAACAGCAUGAAGCAGCACAAGAUUGGUUGAGAGAGCAGGUGAAAGGCCUGGAAGGUCCUCCAGAUGACAGACCCGGUCUUCACAGUGCCAUCAACACCCUGAAGGCCUUACUCCAGACCGUACAUCGGGAGCAGAGAGAGAUGAAGGAACUGGACACCGCCAGAGAUGAUCUGGUCGGCCUCUGCACUCCAGGAGGUCGUGACGCUCUGAUACUGGAGGUCAGCCACCUUUAUGAGCUCUGCGCCAUCUCUGAGCAGGAUGUGAGGGAGCGCCUGAUGGCCUGCGAGGCCCGUCUGCAGGAGCUGUACCACCAGGCGGCCCACAGGACUAAGGAGCUGAAGGAGAGAGCAGCCACCUUGCAGUGGGAGCUGAGCUCUCUAGACCAGGCGCUCGGAUACGCCCAACCGCAGAGUGGCAUCCAUCAGCUGCGACAGCACUGGAAGAGCGUGCAGAAUUGUGAAAAGUCGCUCGAGGAGCUCCGUGUCAAAAUUGAUGAGCUCAACCAGGAAGUUACUGCUGACAGUGAGCUGCCAACAGAAGUAAGCACCACAGUGGACUCUCUGCGCCAGCAACAGGACAGUUUGGAAUCCAGGCUGAGGGAGCAUCAACAAAACUGUUCCACAAACACUGCUCACUGUCUCAGCCAUUCAUUGCAAGCACUGCAGGACUGGAAUCACAGCAAGCCUUCAAAAUCCAUUACAUCUCUGCAGGAGACAGCAGAUGAAGGUGAGAAGUUGCAGGCUCUUCUUCGGGAGGUGUUUUAUCAUCAGCAAUUUCUGAGUGACUGCCUGAACCAGGACGUGUUUGACCAACUUUCAAAAGAAGGUGCUGACACUCUCAGAGAAGCAGGGACACUUCAGAUGUCUCUAUGCCAAAUCUUAAAGGAACUUACUGAAAAGAAUGAACAAAAAACUGAGUGUCAGCUCAUUGAUGUUGUUGAUAUUCAGAUUGAGGAAAUGAAGACAUCUUUGGUUGCACUGCCACAGAAAAACAAACAUUCCCCUGAGAAAAAGUCAACAGUUAAAAUUCAGCCAAAUAUUCCCUCAACAGAGACAUCUACAUCGGAUCAGGAUGACUUGUCAAUUACUUCCAGAUCUGGUGAGCAAACGGAAGCUACUCUUUUAAAAGAAAUCAAAGUUAUCCCAAAAAUGAGGAAGUCAGAGACCCAGGAAGGCUCCACACUUCUUAUGCUGACAUAUGAAACUGUUUGCAUGGAAACUAAGGAGGUCAAAUGUGAAACGUUAGACAAAGGCCAAGAGGAAGUUAUAGAACAAUCUCAGGUUAUCCCAGCGAGAGGAAAGCCAACAUUUGCAGAGACUCCACGGGUAGAGGAAGACAUUGAACAUCAAAUAUCUUUGAGUUCCAAUGACCAAAAUACAACUUUUGCAGAUGAUGCAGACUUUGUUGCCAUGAGAAGUAAGGCAACCGUUCCUUCAUAUUUAACUAUUACCUCUUUAACAACUCCUGAUUUGAGGCUAGAUCACAAUGACGAGUCAAUUGUAGAAAAGAAAGAAUCUCCUCUCGACGACACUGAAAGCGCAGAAGUUGCUCAAUUCGUCACAGGAAUUAUUGAAUCGGCCAUAAGAGAUGUUGAUUUACUGUCAAAGAAAGAUCCGCUAGAAUUGGAAAGGAGACAAAUAUUUUCAGCUUCACAAGUUGUCACAGAAAUGUCUGAAGGUGUUAUUGUGGAGGAAGGAAAGAUUUCACCGCACACAAGAAAGUUCAAGAGUGUAAAGUUUUCUCCACAACUGUCUAAAAAAGAGAAGCCAAUUAUGACAAAAGAAGAAUCUGAUCUGGACCCCUUCAUGAGAAAAACUGAUGACAAAGAACACAGUCUUUGUGAAGAAGCACAGAAAGCUUCUGGCAGUGUGGAAUUUUCUGCCAUUGCUGAAUUUGUCACAGGAAUUAUUGAAUCUGCUAUGAGAGAUGUAGACAUACCAUCCCAGAACGAUCAGCUCAAAUUGGAAAGGAGAAAAACAUCUUCAGUUUCACAAGUUGCCACAAGAAUUCCUGAAGUUGUGGAGGAAGGAAAGAUUUUACCACCCACAAGUGAGUCAAAGAGUGUAAAGUAUUCUCCCCAACUGCCUAAAAAAGAAGAGACGAUGGUGCCAAAAGAAGAAUCUAAUCUGGAACCCGUUGAGGAAAAAACACAAGAUGAGAAUGAAUAUAGAAUUUGUGAAGAAGCGAGAAGAGACUCUGUAAGUGUGGAAGGUUCUGUAGUUGCUGAAUUUGGCACAGCAUUUAUUGAAUCUGCUAUUAGAGAUGUUGACUCACGAUCACAGAAAGAUCCGCCAGAGGUGGAAAGUGUAAAAACAUCCUCAGCUCCACAAGUUGUCACAGGAAUCCCUAAAGUUAUUUUGGUGGAAGGAAAGCUCUCACCACCCACAAGAAAAUCAAAGAGUUUAACGCCUACUCCACAAAUGCCUAAAAAAGAGAAUGCAGGAGUGACGAAAGAAGACUCUAAUCUGGAACCCAGAAAGGAGAAACAUCAAGAUGAUAAAGAACAUGAACAUGUUUGUGAAGAUUUAAGCCUCCAAAAAGCAAGAAAAGACUCUGUAAGUGUGGAUGAUUCUGCCGUUGCUCGAUUCAUCACAGGACUUAUUGAAUCUGCUCUUAGAGAUGUUGACUUACGAUCACAGAAAGAUCUGCUAGAGUUGGAAAGCAGAAAAAAAUCCUCAGCUCCACAAGAUAGCCCUGAAGUUGUUAUUGUGGCGGAAGGAGAGAUCACACCACCUAAAAGAAAGUCAAAGAGUGUGAAACUUCAUUUCGAAGAAGUCACAGUGUCCAAGCAAACGUCCUCAUAUUCUCGGGACCAAACUGAAACAACAACUCCACAGCCACCCAAAAGAAAGUCAAAGAGCUCAACAGCCUCUCCAGGAAUUCUUAAAAAGGGGCCAAAGAAGACAAAAGAACUUGAUAGACCGAGCUCUAAUGUGGGAAUUGCCAAAACCACUGUAGAAGAAGGUAAAGUGGUGGCAGCAACUGCAGAGCGUGUGAAAAUCUCACCAGAAACUCAGAAACUGCCAACCAGGAGAAAAUCAAAAGAUCAUGAUGUUCCCUCAGUUCCCACUGACACAGAUAUUGCCAUAAGUGAAGGUUUUGGCCCUGGAAGUGGAGUAAAGCCAACAACUGAACACGUAAAAACUACACCUGAUGCUGCUGUUUUUGGGGAUAGAAAGCUAUCACCGCCCAAAAGAAAGUCAAAACUUUUGAAGGUUUCUACAGAACCUAAGAAAAGGAAAGAUCAAACCAUCACAAAAGAGGAACCUAAUAUCCUAAAAUUCAAAGAGGCCAAGCACGAUGAGACAAUCUCAGAACCUGUUGAAGAAAGCACCUCUGAGAUGCUUGACAAUGUGAUGGAAAGUGAUGUCACUAAACUUUCUGUACUCGCAGAUCAGCCACCCAAAUCUCAGACUGUUACAGAAAUGAGCUUCGCUGAACAGACCAUGAUACCAACGCCAACUGUUAUUGAGUUGAAACUGUUAGAAACCACAAGGGAAAGACCUGAAGAGGCCAAAGAUCACAAAGUUCUACUAAAGGUUGGUGUUGGGGAUGCCAACACAGACCUAGAAAAUACAUCUCUGGUUUUAGAUAGAAUCCCAGGGAGCGCUGAUGUGAAUACUUUAGAACUGAAUGUACAGAAUCAAGUCAAGGAUGAAAACCCUUCUGUUGUGAGCAACACUGAGCAGCGAGAUAUGGUCCAAGGGCAAUCGUCUGUGGUUUUAGCAACACUUCAGCCAAAUGUGACAGAAUUGAUAGAAAUUGUAUUAUGUGAGAAGGCCGUGGAAAAGACAUGCCAGACUGAGGCUCUUGAGGAAGUUUUGGAACUCAACCAGGAAGGAUUGACUGAAACAGAGGAGCAUGAAGCCUCCAAGUCUACAGAUGCUUUUCAAGAUACUCCCAUGACAAUUCACAUGGGGCCUGAUGUGCAUCUUCUACAAGUAGAGAUAAGAGCUUGUCAAGAGGAGCAAAAAAACAAACUAGAAACAGGAAAAAAAGAGAAAUCUACAACUGAUAAGUCACAAGUAGAAAAGCGAGAGAUGAGCACUGAGAGACACAAGAAUGGCGCUCAGAGCGAUGCGUGCAAACCUGUUUCUCUUGCUUUUGAUCCAGAUCAGCCAAGUGGAACCAAGAAAGAUGAAGGUGAGUCAAACCUGGAUAACAAACCACCACAGCUCAUCCAAACUGCCCUGGAAAGACCAAAGGAAGACAUUCAUCAAGUCCAACUAUCAAUCCAUGAUAGGCACAUUAGUCCUGCAAGUUUUCUUGAACAGGAAGAAAUUCAAAUGACUGUGAUACAUGAGAAGGAACCACGGCAGGAAUCAAGUGUCAAGAUUGAGAUCACUUCAUUAAACAAAGGUGAUAUUCAGCCCAUUAACUCUUCAAUUAGAGUGACACAAGAAGCGCCAGAGUGCCUCACUGAAACUCUCUCACAUCCUGACGUCGAGACACUCUCUAAGGCCCAAACAGAAGAUCAGAAAAGCAAUGCAACAAAAGAGGAAGCUGAUAAUCUGAUAAAUAGUACAUCAGUUCAAAAGGGAAGUGGAAAGGUAGUUAGGUCUGAACCACAAGAUGUUCCCCACACAGGCAGCACAACAACCACCUUUGAGAAAAAUGAAGCGAGUGUUGAGCAGUCUGAAUUAGAUAUUGACACACCAGAAAGAUCUCUAUUGACAGAAAUCUUCUCAGGGACCAAGGCAAUCAUAGACAUGGAACUUCUCAAUGAGGAGGCAUGUGAGGAUUGUUUAGCAGAGCUGAUGACGUCCCCCAGCAGUGACCUGGAUGGUCUCCUGUGCAGGCUUGUUUCAAAUCUCCUGAGCUGUAAGAAUCACUCAGCUGAACUCCAGCUGGCAGCCAUGAGCCAGCAGGUGAAGGAGGCUGAGAAGUGUCGAGCCAUAGCCCAGGACCAGGCAUCUCUCCUGUGCCAGCAGAGGGAAGCAGAAGCUGACAGGUCCAAAGCUCUGAAGUACAUGGAGGACCAGUGGAGUGCUGCUGCUCAGGAUGCAAUCGCUGUCAUCCAAAACAAAGUAGACCAGCUUCAGGUUGUGCAGGAAUUCUGUCACCAGACUCACAAAGCCAAGACCACAUUGGAAAGACUGGCAGCUCAAUUGGAUGUGUUGAGACUUUCCCAAGCAGAGAGUGGCCAGGAGGAAGCCAACCGCCUGAACUUCAUGAAGAGAACUCUCGAGGAGAAACGGACUGUCCUUGGAGAGUUGCUUGGCAUCCAUACAAAGCUGUACCCUCUUCUUAGCCGCGCUCAUCAAGCAGCUGCGAAGAGUAUGCUUCAGACUCGACAUCAGGAAUGGAGAGAACUGGAGAGAGCUGUGGAGAAAGCAUUGCAUCAUGCAGAUGUUCAGUCACAUAGCUGCAGCAGUCUUUUGCUGGAGUUAUCCCAUCUACGGGGACACUUAGAAUCAAUCAGUGAAGAACCUGAAGCCGAACACCCUGAAGUAUCUCUGUGGGAUUGCAAGAAAGCAAAGCAGUUGAUGAUGGCACACGCUGAAGUUAAAGGUGCCCACGUCAAAUAUCUCCAUUUGAAAGAAAUGUCAGAGGCACUACCCCCGAGCUUAUGGCCAAAAGAAACAGUAGAGAUAAAGAAAGCGCUCUUAAAUGUCAAAGACCAACUUUGUCUCACAGAGGAACGGAUGUCCUCUCAAAUCCAGAAAAGCAGUAAUCCCGUCAUUAAGAAAGUUAUGACAUUGUGGAGGGAAUGGCCUCUCAUGGGCUAAGAAGAUU